CGCCCGGCUGCUCACUCGCCCCGGCCCGCAGCGCAGCCCCCUCCGCAGAGUCCUCUGUGCCCGCGCCCCACCGCCCAGCCAUGGAGGCCAUCAAGAAGAAGAUGCAGAUGCUGAAGCUGGACAAGGAGAAUGCCAUCGACCGGGCCGAGCAGGCGGAGUCGGAUAAGAAAGCUGCGGAGGAAAAGUGCAAGCAGGUGGAAGAGGAGCUGACGCACCUCCAGAAGAAGCUGAAGGGGACGGAGGAUGAGCUGGACAAAUACUCCGAGAACCUGAAGGACGCCCAGGAGAAGCUGGAGCUGACGGAGAAGAAAGCCUCCGACGCCGAAGGGGAUGUAGCAGCUCUCAAUCGACGCAUCCAGCUGGUGGAGGAGGAGCUGGACAGGGCUCAGGAACGGCUGGCCACAGCCCUGCAGAAGCUGGAAGAGGCAGAAAAGGCUGCGGAUGAGAGCGAGAGAGGAAUGAAGGUGAUAGAAAACCGGGCCAUGAAAGAUGAGGAGAAGAUGGAGAUUCAGGAGAUGCAGCUCAAAGAGGCCAAGCACAUCGCUGAGGAGGCCGACCGCAAGUAUGAGGAGGUGGCUCGUAAAUUGGUCAUCCUGGAAGGCGAGCUGGAGAGGGCGGAGGAGCGUGCCGAGGUGUCUGAACUUAAAUGUGGUGACCUAGAAGAAGAACUCAAGAAUGUCACUAACAAUCUGAAGUCACUCGAGGCUGCAUCUGAAAAGUAUUCUGAAAAGGAGGAUAAAUAUGAAGAAGAAAUCAAACUUUUGUCCGACAAACUGAAAGAGGCUGAGACCCGUGCUGAAUUUGCAGAGAGAACGGUUGCAAAACUGGAAAAGACAAUUGAUGACCUGGAAGAAAAACUUGCCCAGGCCAAGGAAGAGAAUGUGGGCUUACAUCAGACACUGGAUCAGACACUAAACGAACUUAACUGUAUAUAACCAAAACAGAAGAGUCUUGUUCCAACAGAAACUCCAGAGCUCCGUGUCUUUCUCUUUUCUUGUAAGAAGUUUCUUUUGCUAUUGAAUCUUCGCUUUGCUGGAAAUGUCAAGCAAAUUACGAAUACAUGACCAAAUAUUUUGUAUCAGAGAAGCUUUGAGCACCAGUUAAAUCAAAUUCCUUCCUUUUUUUCAAACGGCACCAGCUUUUUCAGCUCUAUUUUUAUCCUUAAGUUGCAUUUAUUCAUAAGGUAGGCAGGGUAUUUCAUAUUGAGCAUACUCUCUUAAGACUGAGGGCAUUUGGUUCCUGGGAGAAUAGACAACCCUACACUUUCAAAAACAACUCCAGUAUCUAGUCAAGGGUCAAUUUAAAAGGCCAAGGAAUAUAUAAUCUUCUGGGCCACUGUGUCACACGACAGGUAUCCAGGGACCAUCACAUUAAAAUAUGGGUAGGGAUUUCCCGGGGGGGGGGGGGGGGGCGCGGUGUGAAAAGCCAGGGGGAGGGGGCUGGCUUUGUGGGAAUUCAUAAACCAUAGAAAGAUUAACCUAAUCAUCUUGGCUCUUUCCCACACUCCACCAUGCAGAACAAACAUUCUCUGAGCAGUCAGCAUGAGAAUACUUAGGAAAUAAUCAUAAUAAUUACCCAAAUAUUUUCUGGAUAGAUCCUUGAUGUUACGCUCUUCUACAUGUUCCUCUCAUUCUAAAGUUGGUCUCUGAGGAGCAGAUAGCUUAUUCCAAUAAUGACCCAUGCUUGUCUGCUCUGAUCUGAGACCGUCUAUUCAGCAGGAAUAAGUGUGGGUAGAAGUCAGUCUUAUUUCGAGAAGUCCUAUCAGGAAGACCACUAGCCAUCAAUAACUGAGUAGUUGUUAACAAAUAUUGGGCAGAAGGGGGCCUUUCUGACAGCAAAGUAGAGAUAAAGUAAUUGGCCUAGUUUCAUCUCCUUUAAACUUCAGGAAUGGCAAACUGAAGAUUUAGUUAUGUAGGACUUUAAUUCCUUCUUCAGGACCAAGUUAAUAAAAGACCAAGAAGAAACUCCUGAUUAAACUGGAUAUGGAGUAUUUUGUAGGCAGGGCUGCACAUUUUGGCUUUGUUGUAAUUUCUGCUUUCUUGAUUAACAUCUCAGAGCUGAAACAUUCCACAUUCCCCAGCAGUGUGGGGGCCAACUCAAGUUUACAAUGCUGACAAAAUUACCCUGCUUCUAGCUUAUCCAAAUCCUCUGCCCCUCACUCCUAUUUAUUAAGCAUCACACUACCCAAAGGUACACUAGCAAAUUGUGCAAUUGAAUAAAACCCACUUUUCAUUUAGAUUCUUGCAACUGUAUCAUAUGUAAUAGUAUCACUUUUUCUACAUUUUGGUCAAAUAAAUUUUUACAUAAACUAUAA